AUGGGCUCCAUAUUUUCAUCAACCAACUCACCCGAGUCUUCGAAGCCAGAGCGUCCUUAUGAUGGCCCGAAUCGAUACCCGUAUGUGCGUAACGGCCAGCUUGUCCCUGCCGAAGCGAAUCCCACCAUUUGGUACGAGAGCUUGUUUGAGGCUGCGGACUGCGUACAACACCAAGACACAGACAAAGUCAUCAUAUUCACCCCCAUCUGCGAUGAAGACAACGGCGAAUAUCCAGACCCCAGAUCGAGGCAUGGCUGGCCCAUCAAGCGCUUGCGAAAGGCGUACGAGCUCCUCGGUGGACCACACCCACGGAUUGUUCGGUAUAUCGGUGCGCUAUACAGCACUUCGGGUGAUGGUGUAGUCGUUGAGAAGCUGGUACCAGGCCAACUCAAGAGGGUUGAAGUGCCUGCGAUGACAGUGCCUGUGGUAGCGCAAACGAUGUCGCACGACGAUAAGAUCAUGCUAUCGCUGUAUUACCGAUGGGCGAUACAGGCACUCUCCGCCUUCCGGUUCAUGCAUGCUAGAUCCAUGGUCAUUGGGUUCUUCUCAUCGCAACUCGUGUGGAUACGCCCGGACUUCUCGCUCGCAGUGGGUGGAUUCAUCAGCGCCACUGCAACAGAGAUCGAGGACGAGUUCUGGAAAGAUGCUGCCGAAUGUUCGAAAGCAAUACGACAAGAGUCCGGUUUACCAGAACCAUGUGAUCCGGAUAACAUGGCAUCGGACUAUAACUGGAGCGACGGACUAACCGUACACCCGCACUUUAGCUUCUAUUGGGCCACUUUCGUCUGGCGGCUUAUGACGAACGACUUCACUGCUAUAUCGCCAUCGCGUCGUGGGCCUCGUGGUGGACUAUGGGAACCUACGUAUCCUAUGGAAGGAGGCCACACGAUUGAAGAUGCGCCAGAUUUGUCCGAGAUCAUGCGUGAGAGAGAACGGCGCAAGAUUUUCCAGCAGCUAGAGAGAGCUAGACUGGGACAUGUCCUGUUCGGUGCUUGGAAUGAACAGUAUAGUACCGUGGAUGAGGUCGUGCGUGACGUUGAGUUGGCAGCAGCUGAAAUGGGCAUAACCAUUUCUGGCGAUGAGGUUGACAUCGGGGAAAAGUGGGAAGAUGUGUUCGAGUUCAAGGACGGGAAGCUGGGUUUCAAAGUUUGA